AUGUAUUUGAAGAAAAAAAAGACAGAAAAAGAGAAAGUGAAUUACAAAACCCUAUAUGCUUCUUUUGUUAUUUAAAUAAAGAUAUUUAUGGAUAAUGAGACAGUUCUCAUCAAUUAAACAUUUUAAUAUAUUGUCAUAAUACUUUCAUCAUUUUAGUAAUUAAGCUUUGCUUUUGAGAAUUACUAUUUCUAAAAUACAGAGCAUAAUGGAUUCAAGAAUUUCUUUUUAGAAAUUUCAACAUUUACAAGACCUUAUGUAAUAUUGAUUAAAAAUUAUGCUGUUUUUUCAUUUAUUAUCCCAUUUGUACUUUUACUUUCAUAUGAGGCCAUUAUUUUCUAUAUUUUUAUAUGCUUUGCAAGAUGUAAAAAAUAAAAAAAAAUAUCUGAGAUUCUUUUAGAAUAAAAUAGAUUAUUUUAAAUUAUACUAAGAAUCUACUCUUAUAAAUAAGCAUUGUUAUACUACUUAAUUUUUAUACCUCAAUUAGAAUUAGUAACCUCUUCCAUUUAAUAUUAUUCAUAAGAUGAAUAUAUAAAUCUAUUGGCUUUACCAACGGCAGUUAUAUCUUUUAUUUUAAUCACUUUGAAUAUGCUUUUUUACUUAUUUUGCAUCCAAUAAUCUAAUCACAUAAAAGUGAGAAAUCUAAAUAUAUUAUCAUAAUCAUUUAAUCAUUAUUUAAAUCCAAUCUAUUAAAUUUUAAUUGUAUUUUUAAAUGAAUUUGAAAGGGAUGAUAAACAAUUAAAAUUUUACUUAAUUGUUAUUAUUUUAUUAAUUAAAUCAUCAUUUAAUAUUUAUAGUAUAUUUACAACAUUUUAAAACAUUUAUAGAAGAUGUAUAGUUGAAUUAUUCUCAGAAUGCUUUUAAUUUUCAAUGUCUCUAAUAUUGGUUUUUAUUGAAUUAUCAUAAUUUAAGUCUUAAUAUAAAGAUUAUGAGACUGGUUUAAUUUUGAUAAUUAUUCCACUUGCAACUUCAGUUCCACUAAUUAUCUAUAAUAAUCUUCAUUAUAGUAUUAUUUUAAAUAAUAAUCAAAUGAUGGCUAGUUAUUUAAUGUUAUACAAAAUUGCUUCGAUUAUUGAUGAAUUUGGAGAAAUCAAAAAUUCCUAUUUACAUGAUAAUUAAAAAAUUAUAUAAAUUAUCUAUUUUCAGUAAAUACAUUUAAAACAUUGUUCAACACCCAAAUGUUUGUGUACUCAACAAUAAUAAUUAACUUUUGAGUAAAUUAUAAAUCUAUAUUUAAAAGAUUAAGUUAAUAACUUUAAUUUAACAAUUAAUAAAAUUAAGCAAUAAUCAAAUAAAUAAUUAUAUUUUUUACACUAUUUAUCUUUGAUACAUUAUUUAGGAUUAAGUACAAGAGCAUUUUAAUAAUCAAAUCUUGUAGUUUAUCAAGAAAGUGAAAACUUGUAAAAUAUUAUAUAUUAUAUUAUUCUAGUUCAUCUUAAUUUAGCAAACUAUAAGUUGUUAAAGCUGGAAGUUAGAAAGCUGAAUCCAGUAAUAGUUUAGACUAAUAACAUAGUUCUUUAUAAAAAUCAAAGAUUGAUAGCAAACCUGAUGAAAUGAUUCACAUAAAGAUUUAGAAUAUGGGAUUUAUAUAUAAAUAAAGACUAAUUUUAAUUUAAGAAUUAAUAAAGAAGACAAUGAGUACUGGAUUAGGUAAAUAGAGCAAUUAAAUAUUAUCUGAUAAUCUUGAACAUGCUGUUAAAUUAUUUUUAAAAUCAGAAGAAAGCAAUAAAAAAUUAAAAAAUAAGAUCAUCAAAAUGAUUAAUAAAAAAAAGGAAUUCUUUAUUAAUUUAACUUUAUUAAAUUCUAAUUUAAAUUUAUUUAAUGCAGCUAAGUAAAUGAUUAUGAAAUUAACAUAACUUGAAGAUGAACUAUUAAAAUUAUAUUUCUAAUUCCCAAGUAUAUAUAUAUUAUAUAUUAUUUAAAAGGUAGAAAAAUGCAAGCACUCAAUACUUUUUAUUAGUCAGAAGUAAUGAAUAAUUAUUUUUAAGCAUACAAAUUAGCCACAAUAACUUCGAUAUCUGAUGAAAAACUAUUUAAAAUGUAAUCUUAAAUAAGUUUUGAUAUGUUUUCUAGUAAAUUAGAUUAUAUAAUUGUGGGAUUUGAUGAAAAAUCACAUAAAUUAUAAAUUAGACAAUGUUCCAAUUAAAUCCACGAAUUUUUUGGAUAUAAUUAGGAAAAAUUUAAAUUAUUUAAAACUAUCGAUCAUCUUCUACCUAAUAAUUUUGAUUCAAUCCAUUCAAAAUUUGUAUAACAUUUUUUAUCCUCUGGUUAUUCAAAAUUCUUUCGUUUAAUAAAUUAGAAUUACUGCAGAUUUUAAAAGAAAUUUAUUAAAUCUAUAGAUUUUUUUUUUGAUAUAAAUGUAAGUAAUUUAGAAGAUUUAACAUUUGCUUGUUUUUUCUAAAAUAAAGAUAGCUAAAAUGCUUUUAUGUUUUGUUGCAAUAAUAACAAAAUUUAAAGUAUAAGUAAAAACUUUGUGAAUAAAAUUGGUUAUCCAGUUAAGUUAAUUAAUUCAUUAAUGGAAACACUUAAUAAAUAACCAUUAUCAAAAGUCUUUCCUAAAUUGUAAAUGAUUAUGGAAAUGAAUGGCACUAAAUUUUCAAAUGAUAAUGAUGAUUUUGAAUAAGAUGUAAUGGAUUAUAGUGAAUAUUAAAUUCAUAUGAUUUUACCAGAGAUUGAUUGUUUGAUUAAAAAUUAAAAAUAUGAUUGGGACACAGAAUCAAAUUGUUAGUAGUUUGUUGUAGAAGCAGUAUUUCACUAUAGAAAAUUGAAGUAAGAUUCAUCAAGUAAUUAUGUUAUUGUAGAGAUAAGAGAAGCAAAAAGAUAUUAGAAAACAUUUAAUACUCCAUUGUAAACAGAAAAUAUUACUCCAACACCUGGAGCAUCUUAAACUUAAUUUUAAGAUGAUGAUUUUGAAGAUAUUGAAUUUUUUGAAUAGGAUGAAUUUUUAGCUAACAUACCAAGAGCUUUAGAAUUUGAAUAAUAAGAGAAUUAAAAUUAAAUUAUGAAUUUCGACCAAGAUUAAGAUUAAUCAGAAAGUGAUGCUUAAUUUGGAAGAAAAGUCUUUUAAAAUUAAAAAAAUUAAAAUUAAUCAUUUUAUCCAAAUGUUUCUUUGAUGAGUCCUAAAGAUGCAGGUUAAAAAUUGAUAGAUGCAAAAUUUAUUGAAGGAGGAUUAUAUGAAAAUAAUAGUAGAAGAAAUUAAAAUGCUAGAUAACAAUUUUUUUCAGCUGUUGAUUAAAAAGAUGUAUCAUCUAAUGCAGAAGAGGAAAGUAUAGAUGAAAAUGAUGAUGAAAUAAAAAAUUAAAAUUAAAUAGAUAAAUUAUAAUUAGAUGAUAUUGAUUAAGAGUUAUAAGAAAAUAUAAAAAUGUAAAUGUAAUUAGAAGAAUAGGAUCAAAAUGUUGUUUAGGUUGAUGAUAUGGGAUCUUAAGUAAGUUCAGUUGCAGCUUUUAAAAAGUCAAAAUAUUCUAAAAAAUAUGAUUUGAUUUAGAAAUUGAUUACUUCUGAAAAAUUCUCAAGAUAUUAUUAUUUAGCUAGAACAUUUUUAAUAGUAUUAUUUUUACUUUUUAUUGUAUUUUCAAUUGUUUAAAUAAUAUUUUCAUCUGAUGAUUUGAAUAGAUUUUUAUAAGAAUUAGAUAUGGUUUAAAUAAAAUCUAAUAUUGUUGCACCAAUUGAUAAUUACAUUGUUGCUUAAAAUGCUGUGAUGUUUUAUGCAAUAUUGAAUAUGAUUGGUAUGAUGAAUGCCUCAACAGCAGCUUUAAAAUUAGAAUAUGCAAAAAAUGAUAUAACAUAUAAUUAUGAAGAAUUAAAGUCUAGUUACAUAAAACAAUUAUCAAAUUAAUAUUUAAAUCCAUUUUUUAGGAUAAAAAUUUCACUAUAAUGUAAUCUGAAUAAACAACUACAUCAAAUAGAAAUGUAUCUGCAAGAGAGGCAAUCUACCUUUCUUUAGAAGCAGCUUAUUAAUUUGUAUUGUUGGAUUAUUUAAACAUUUUUACUUCCUUAGAUCCAACUUCAGGCUUUUUUGUUUAUUUAUUUGGAAAUUAUCAGACUUUUUAUGAUUAAUUAACAAUAGUAAAUUAGGAUAUGUUAUCUUAUUCUGUUUAAAGAUCUGUAACAGUUAAAGAAAAAUGGUUGUCAUUAAUGAUUCCAAUUUUGAUUAUAGGAUUUUUAUUAUUGUUAAUUGUUGUAAGAUUUCACAACUAAUAUUUAUAAUAAUAUGAUCAAUUUAUAUAACUGUUUUCAAUGUUAGAAAUAGUGUGGAUAUAAAGAGAUAUUGAUAGAUACAAAGGCAUAUCUGCUUUAGUAAUUAAAGAUUCAGAUGUUUUAUUUAAAUAUCAAUUUGAUAUUGAUUUGAAAGAGAAGUUCCUAGCUGCUGAAGAUAUAAGAAAAGAGAAAAUAGCUUAAAAUUAGAAAGGGCAUAAAUAGAAAUAAAAAGUCACAAAUCUAAACUUUAAUUAGAAAACUACAAAACUACCAUCUUUAAUAAUAUAUUCAACAAUAUAUGCUUUGUGUUUUGGAUUAUGUUUCAUAUCAACUUCUUUGGGGGAAUCAUAUUUUUCCAAAUAUCCAGAUACUACACAUUUCUUUAACACUUUGUGUGAUGUCAGUAUUGCAUCAACUGGUGUGUUUAGUUUAAGGUAAAUCAUAUAUGUAGUAUCAGAUAAAAAUUAAUAAGCCUUUUUUUUUAUCAAAGAUACUACCUAUUUUAUUUAAAUAUUUUUUGAACAUAUUGAUACUAUUAAUGAAUUUCUAGCAUAAAUGUCAGAAUUUGAUCCAUCUACUUUGAUAACAUCAGAGGCAUUUAUAAAUAAGAUAGAAUAACUAAUGUAAAAUGAUGUUUGUGAAUUUCUUCCAGAAGUAAAUAUUCAACUGAUAUUUGUAAUUAGUUUAAAAUAGAAAGUGCAUAAAUGCAUUGCGAUUCUGUCUAUGAUGGAGUUGUUAGAAGAGGUUUUCAACUAGCUUUAAAUACUGUAAGAAAUGAAUUACUAAAUGAAUACAAAAAUUCUUAAAACUUUAGUAUUUAAUAAUAUUCUCUUAAUGAACAACUUGAAAUAGGACUCAUAAAUUAUGAUGCUGUUUCUAAUAUCAAAUUACAAUUUUAAGAUGAAUUAGUUCAUUUUACUUAUAAUCUGAUUGAUUAAAUAUUGGUACAUAAUUUGAUAAAAUUUUAGAUUAUUAACAUUUGUGCAAUCAUUUUUUAUUUAAUUUCUAUUGGGAUGAUUUAUAAAGUUAUUACAUCAAUCUACUACCAAGAAUUUAAAUUGGUGCUUAAGUUUAUUUUACUUAUACCUUAGACUUCUUUGUUCUUAGAUAAUCAAUUAGAUAGAACUAUAAAAUAAAUAAUUAUUAAGCAUAAUUUAGCUUGA